AUGGAAAAUCUUCACGCUCCGACUGUACCCUCCGGGGAAACCACUGCCUCUGUCACUAAUGGCGAUGCGGGGCAUCUGAGCUUUGCUGAAUUGCAGCGAAAGAAAGACGAUGUUGAGGCCGAACUCAAGGCUCUUGGAGGCGUUCUUGAUUCGCAUGGAGUAGAUAUGAAUACUUCCCUGCUGACGAGUGAUGGAUUCCCUCGCGCGGACAUCGAUGUUGCCCAAAUCCGAACUACAAGAGCUCGCAUUAUUCGUCUACGAAACGACUAUAAGGCUUUGAUGGCUCGUAUUGAGAAGUACCUUCACGACCACUUCGCCAGUCUUGACGAGAACGAUGUAGUACCGGUUGCCGGUCAACGCAACUCUCAAUCGGUCUUGCCAGACUCUGUUUCUGCACCUUUGGAUCCCCCUUUCGCGAAAGUCAACACUGUAGCUCUAGGAGGCCCUGCAGAGAGUGCUGGUCUGAAAUCUGGAGAUGAGAUCCGUAACUUUGGCUAUGUCAAUCGGGCCAAUCACGACAAUCUGAGGAAGGUUAUAGAAUGCGUGCAGGGUAACGAAGGAAGCAACGUUUUCAUCAGAGUGUCACGAGCAGAUGGUGUGGCCGAACGACAGGAGUUACGAUUGACUCUGACACCCAGAAAGGAUUGGGGUGGUCGUGGCAUGUUGGGCUGUCAUAUUCUUCCCCUAUAA